CCUAGGCAGAUAUUCUCAUUCUAGGUUAAAGCAGAAACAACAGGAAUUUGAUCAGGAUUCAAGUCAUUCAAUCAUUCAAACCUCAAUCGAAUCUAAUCAAAUCAUAGAAUCAGUACUUGGGUUCAUACAAUCAAACCUAACAUACAAAUCUAGGGUUCUCCAUAGCCAGAUGAAUGGGAGAACUACUCCAUGGAGAAAGAAGCAAAAGCAGAAUCAGACGCGGAAUUCAUACUGUGAAGGAUGGAUUUCUGCUUCUGGACGUUGAUCGGCACUUCUCCAAGCUCAAACUGGCCUCCAAUGGUGAUAAAGAUCAAGCUAGGGCACUUGGAGACUCUUGUUCGUCGCUUUCUCUCUCUAGGAAUCGCUCUAUAUCUCUCAAAACUCGAAUCCCCUUCUAUUUUGGCGGAAAUCUGCUUAAAAGGGCAUCAGUGGCCAAAGCACGGUCGAGGGCACGACCGUGCUUUGCCUCAGCCCGCCCGUGCUUUGGCUAGGGUUAAUUACACGGCCAUUGUGUUGGGAGAAACACGGCCGUGCUUUAGGGAGGACACGGCCGUGCUUUGGGUGGACACGGCCGUGCUUUGGGUGGACACGGCCGUGCUUUCAGCCCGUGUUUGCAGCUUGAAUUUGCCAAACUCAAUUAGCUCUUGGCAGUAAAAGCACGGCCACAGAACACGGCCGUGUUCUGUUUUAGGUGUGCCCGUAUUUUGGCUCCAUCUCGACGAAAUGACUUCCGAAUGCCCCGAAACUCGUGCUUAGCCUUUCCUUUGACGCCUGGGACCUGAAAUAUGACAAAAUAGCACAACCCGGCGUAAAAUAGGCCAAAAAUACACGACUAUGCCCCUCAAACGGAUAAGAACUAGGGGCGCAAAUAUGUGCAAUUACAUCGUUAUCAGAAGUCCUCAUUAAGGCUGUGGCACAAGCGCAUAUGUUUUAUGCCAUGUCAGUGUUUCAGAUCCCUAUAUGAGUGAUUCGAGAGAUCCAAAGCAUGAUUGCAAGUUUCUGGUGGGGAUAGAAAAGAGAAGAGAAGCAGAUUCAUUGGAUGAGUUGGGAUAAACUAUGUCCCCCCAAGUACGAGGCAGGGAUGUGAUUUUGAAACCUACAUGGCUUUAACAUUGCCCUGCUUGGAUGACAAGUCUGGAAACUACUCCAAAACCCAACUUCACUAGUGGCACGUGUGCUCAAAGCCAAAUACUACCCUCAUUGUUGCAUUUUGGAUGCUGAGAUGGGAACAAACCCUAGUUAUAUCUGGCGGAGUCUAAUAACAGCUCAAGCACUUGUCAAAGAAGGUUCACAAUGGAGAAAGUGUAAGAAAUUGGUGAGAUCACCGGACUCCAACAACUGCUGAUUAUCGAGCGAAGACACAAGUAACUGGGCUAGGAAUCACAAAAAAGGUUUCAAGAUUAAUUUAUCAGGACACCAGAUCAUGGGAAAACAACCUUCUGCAAGCAAAUUUCCAACCAGAAGAUCGCGACAUGAUCAACCAAAUCUCAAUUCCUUUUCACCCAAUGCCAGAUAUAAGAGUCUGGGGUAGGGAGAGAACAUGUAAAUACUCACUUCGCUCAGGAUACAAAGAAUGGAGGAAAAAGCAAGUGGGUGAUCAAGUGGAACACUAUGUCCCAAUUGAAUGGAAAUAACUAUGGCUAGUUCAACUACCCCCAAAGGUUCAAAUUUUUGUCUGGCGAUGGGGAAGUAACAUCCUACCUAUAGGGGAAAAUCUAAGCAGAGGAUCCCGGAGGCACAUGAUGAAUGCCCCUUCUAUGGGCUAGUGGAAACUCAAUAACACAUUACUAGGGAUUGUGACUGGGCAAGUAGAGUAUGGAGGCCAAGCAAUCUGGCAAAAUUUUUCUUGAGGGGCGAAGGAAAAAACUGCGCAGAAUGGCUCUGUAACCUAAUCAAAGGAACAAGCAAAGAAGAGCUAACUACAAUACUGAUCACCUUGUGGAAUCUAUGGAAGGAGCGAAACAACCAUUUGUUCAACAAUUCAAAGUUGGAGAUGAGAGCUCAGAAUCACCUGGAAGAGUAUCAAUAGUUGCAGGCCUAAGGGGUCAAGAUUCUGUGAAAUCACAAAUUGGAUGACCCCCCCCCCCCCAGCACACACACAGGGGUCCUUCAAAUUUCACACGGACGCGGCGACUUUGGGCGAAGAGGGUACUGGGUGGUUUGGUUAUCCGCAACGAUGAGGGGAAUUUCUGAUGGCGGUGGUUCAUAGAAUAAGAACAAAGUGGCAUGCUGAAAUGAUAGAACCACUUGCCCUAAUCUGGGGUUUGAGGCUAGCUAAAGUACACCAAUAUUUGUCGCUGCUUAUGGAGACGGACUGUAAAUCGGUGAUUCAAAAGCUGGAGCGGAAGGAGACGACGAUCUGGGAGGUAGAAGGGAUCUGUGAUGAAAUCCGAGAGCUGGCUAUGGAGGAAGGAAAUGUUCGAUGGAGAUUUUGGGGUCGGAAAGGAAAUGGAAGUGCUCACGUGAUGACAAAAGUUCGAUGUCGACCAAAAGAAUAAAAAAUUUGGUUUAAU